AUGCAAUUUCACAUGAAUUUACCGUGCACCUCUCCUGUUUUACCUUCCACCCCCGUUGAUAAUAUUCACGAUGUUUCUGUAUAUACUGAUGAUGCUGAUGAUUCUAAUGAUGUUGAUUAUUCUGAUGAUGCUGCUGAUAUUGAUGAUCAGAAUCAGCAGAUCGAAUUUCUCGGAGGACUGACGGUGACACGUGUGCUGAAACAAUAUGAGCAUCACGUGGCUCGGAGGCUAUGGAAAGGAGAGAUAUAUGAUCGUGGACCAUUAAAAGUUAUUACUCACGCAUGGAAGCUGAAGAAGUCUGCCGAAGUUCCUGUGCCAGAUCCUGUAGAGCAUUGGAUUCGAGAAUUUGGGCUGAUGCAUCUAUCUUCAGGCUACCUCACUGUGACUGAUGUUGGUCUAAUAUCCGCAUUUGUUGAAAGAUGGUACAGAGAUAUCAGCUCAUUUCAUUUGUCAUUUGGAGAGAUGACUAUCACUUUAGACGACCUCACGACUCUCCUUCACAUCUCAUUACAUGGUGCAACAUGGGAGGAAGCAUGUGCUGAGACAACGACAUCAAUAUGA